CUGAUGCGGCGGCUCCAAUCAGCGGCCCUCGGGCUCUUGGCAGCCGGAGCCGCCGCCGCUCCGCAUUCCUCCGUCUUCCUAAAAGGGGCUAACAUGGCGAUGGGCAGGAUGAGGUGAAGAGGAGGAGGAGGAGAGGAAAAGAAAAAAAACAGGAAAAAGGGGAAAAAAAACCGAAGAAAAGGAAAAAGGGGGAGAGAAAAAAAAAAGGAGAGAAAAAAAAAUAAGAGGGACGGGGGAUGCAAGCAGGGCUGGCAGCGGCGGCGCGAGCAAAAACCCCAGGCAAGCGGAGGAGGACCGGGACUCCUUUGCGCGGAGACCUUUGCAUCAAAAUGCUGAUAGUCGAAAAAACGACUGACUACCCUUCGGCUGAGUACUCCCUGGUGGAGGAUGUAGCCCUCCACUUCACGUGUUUGAUGGACAGACUGAACGAGCAGCGCCUCUUUCAGCCGGACCUGUGCGACGUGGACAUCGUGCUGGUGCAGCACAAGAGCAUCUUCCCGGCGCACAAGGGGGUCCUGGCGGCCUACAGCCAGUUCUUCCAUUCCCUCUUCACCCAAAACAAGCAGCUGCAGCGCGUGGAGCUCUCCCUGGAGGCCCUCACCUCACAGGGCCUCCAGCAGAUCCUCAACUUCAUCUACACCUCCAAGCUCCUCGUCAACUCCUGUAAUGUGCAGGACGUGCUGAACGCGGCCGCCGUGCUGCAGAUGAACAACAUCGCCUCCUCCUGCCAGGACCUCCUCGACACCCGCUCGCUCAGCCUGGCCGCCGACAUGGCCCUGCCUGCCGAGGGCUGCGCCGGACCCCCGCCCUACUACUGCGAGAUCAAGCAGGAGGUGGAUGCCCCCCAUCCCAAGAUCUACGCCCGGGAAGGCAACGACCCCUACUCCGUGCGGGUGGAGGAUGGAGCAGGCGGUGGGACGCUCCCCCCAGGUCCGGCCAAGCAGUACUACAAGGAGGAGAAGGACGGUGGUCCGGGCGCCGUCUGUAAGAUGGAAGGCGAAGAGUCCGAGGAGGACCUGGACAGCCAGAGCUCGUACAACCGGGAGCAGAUCAUCGUGGAGGUGAACCUCAACAACCAGACCCUCAACGUCUCCAAGGGCACGGAGGGGAAGGCAGCUGCCAGCGAGGCGGCCGUGAUGGGGCGGCCUGACGGUGAUGGGCGUGACACAGAGGAGGAUGGGGAGGAGGAGAAUGAGGAAGGGGAGGAAGAGGAGGAAGAGGAAGAGGAUGCGGAGGUGGGUGAGGAGGAAGAGGAGGAGCACAGUGAGGAGGAAGACCUGGAGGAGACGACAGAAGAGGAGGAGGAUGAUGAUGAUGACGAAGAUGCGUCGGAGGUGAAAAGGGAAAAGGGUGGGCAGCCCCGCAGAGGCAGCCGGGCAUCCAAAGCCACCAAACCGGCCAUGGCAACCAGGUCGCAAGAGAUGACCAAGGUGGAAGAGGAGGAGGAGGAGGAAGAGGAAGGCCAGCGAGGGAGAAAGAGGAAAAAGGAGCAGGACGGUUUGGGCCAGAAGGUGAAGCUGGAGGAGAAGCAGCACUACCCAUGCAAGAAGUGUCCCCGGGUCUUCAACAACCGCUGGUACCUGGAGAAGCACAUGAAUGUCACGCACAGCCGCAUGCAGAUCUGCGACAAGUGCGGCAAACGCUUCCUGCUGGAGAGCGAGCUGCUGCUGCACCACCAGACCGACUGCGAGAAGAACAUCCAGUGCGUGACAUGCGGGAAGGGGUUUAAGAAGCUCUGGUCCCUCCACGAGCACAACAAGAUCGUCCACGGCUAUGCUGAGAAGAAGUUCUCCUGUGAGAUCUGCGAGAAGAAGUUCUACACCAUGGCCCACGUGCGCAAACACAUGGUUGCUCACACCAAGGACAUGCCGUUUACCUGCGAGACCUGCGGGAAGUCCUUCAAGCGCAGCAUGUCCCUCAAGGUCCAUUCGCUCCAGCACUCUGGGGAAAAGCCUUUUAAAUGUGAGAACUGCAACGAGCGCUUCCAGUACAAGUACCAGCUGCGCUCCCACAUGAGCAUCCACAUCGGCCACAAGCAGUUCAUGUGCCAGUGGUGCGGCAAGGACUUCAACAUGAAGCAGUACUUCGACGAGCACAUGAAGACGCACACGGGUGAGAAGCCCUACAUCUGUGAGAUCUGCGGGAAGAGCUUCACCAGCCGCCCCAACAUGAAGCGGCAUCGCCGGACCCACACGGACCGCGAGGGUGGAGAGGGGCUUGAUUUCCAUUACGCAGUUCAUGAAUAUGCCGCAACGCAACGUUCAGCUGACAACUCUGCCCACAAGCCUAACCCCAGACCACUCCGGGUUUGAAUUUUUUUUCCCCCUUCAUUUGAACACUGGGGAGGGAGGGAGUCAUGGGGAGGGUCAUUUUUGGUUUAUAUAUCCCAGGAGCCUGGUAGCACAGACCAGUUAGCCUCAUAAUGUCCAUGAGGCACGGCUGGCCCCUCGGACCACAGCCAUAACCCCAGCGCGGUGGGAAGGCGAUGGAUGGACGGCCGGCGGGUGGGAACGGCUGUGACAGUGCAAUAGAGACAAGCAUCCGCUGCUAGACAAUUCCACUGAUAAAACUCUUGGUUUGCCUGAAGUUGAGAGGGAAGGACGGACAGACAGACGCCCUUUGUUCACACGGAUGGCGAGAGCUUCCCCACAUGCAGCCCUGCCUAGUGACACAUAACCACGACAGGAGAUGGGUCGAACUUGCAAAGGAAGAAAAUAAUAAUAAAAAAGGAAAAACAUUGGAAUAAGAACAAGCUCAGCGUGGAACUUGAAGGAAACGAAUGAAACCCCAAGCACUUGCCUCAAAACUAGUUUCUCAUGCCUGGUGUUCGGCUCCAUAUUAUUUUACGGCAUUCAGUAUUGGUUGCCCAAACAUGCCAAGUUAAGAGUG